AUGGGUAUCUUGUCAUUGACCGAGGAUCGGCCGACGCCAAAGGCUGUCUACAAUUGGCGGAUCUACCUAUUGGCUGCAGUCGCCUCAUGCACCUCCUGCAUGAUCGGAUAUGACAGUGCCUUCAUUGGUACUACUCUAUCUCUGGAUUCUUUCAAGGCCGAAUUCGGCUUCAAUGAUAUGUCCACAACUGAGAGGAACCUCGUGAGCGCCAACAUCGUUUCCCUCUACCAAGCUGGCGCCUUCUUCGGUGCCCUCUUCGGUUUCCCUCUCGGUCAUUUCUAUGGUCGCAAGAUUGCGCUGUCCGUUUCUGCCCUAGUUUUCAUGCUGGGCGCUGGUCUUAUGCUCGGUGCCAAUGGCGAUCGUGGCCUGGGUCUGAUUUACGGUGGCAGAGUCCUGGCUGGUGUAGGUGUUGGCGCUGGUUCCAACAUCACUCCUAUCUAUAUCUCUGAACUGUCUCCUCCAGCUAUCCGAGGUCGACUUGUAGGUGUAUAUGAGUUGGGAUGGCAAAUUGGCGGACUUGUGGGCUUCUGGAUCAACUAUGGUGUUUCCGAGACCUUGGCUCCUAGUCAUAAGCAAUGGAUUAUUCCAUUUGCCGUUCAACUCAUCCCUCCUGGACUUUUGUUGAUGGGUGUUUUCUUCAUCCGCGAGUCCCCUCGCUGGUUGUUCAUGCGCGGUAAUCGUGAGAAGGCCAUCAAGAACCUCUGCUGGAUUCGCCAACUGCCCCAGGAUGACAUAUACAUGAUUGAAGAAAUCGGUGCUAUCGACCAGGCUUUGGAAGAGCAGCGCUCAACCGUUGGUCUCGGCUUCUGGCAGCCUUUCAAGGCCGUCGGCAAGAAUAAAAAAGUCCAGUGGCGUCUGUUCCUGGGCACCAUGCUGUUCUUCUGGCAAAAUGGUUCGGGUAUCAAUGCUAUAAACUAUUACUCUCCUACUGUCUUCAAGGCUAUCGGUCUUACUGGUACCAACACUAGUCUUUUCACUACGGGCAUAUUCGGCGUCGUCAAGACUGUGGCUACCUUCAUCUGGCUCCUAUACUUGAUCGAUCGCUUUGGACGCCGCAACCUUUUGCUGUACGGAUCCCUCGGUGGCUCCAUCUGCAUGUGGAUCGUCGGCGCAUACAUCAAGGUCGCCAAUCCGGCCAAGCACCCCAGAACUCACAUGAGCAGCGGUGGCAUCAUGGCCAUGGCAUUCUUCUACCUCUGGACAAUAUGCUACACUCCAAGUUGGAACGGAACCCCAUGGGUCCUCAACUCAGAGAUGUUCGACCCGAACGUCCGAUCCCUAGCCCAGGCCUCCGCCGCCGCAUCAAACUGGCUCUGGAACUUCCUCGUCUCACGCUUCACCCCGCAGAUGUUCGCCUCAAUGGGCUACGGGGUCUUCUUCUUCUUCGCCUCCCUGAUGCUCUGCUCAAUGGUCUUUGUCUUCUUCCUGAUCCCCGAGACCAAGGGUAUUCCCCUUGAAUCUAUGGAUGCUCUCUUUGAGAUCAAGCCUGUCUGGGUCGCUCACAAGCAGACUAUUUCUCGUAUUCAAGAGGAAGAGGCUCAAUUCCGUCACGAGAUUGAGGAUUCGGGUCUUGCUGCUUCCAAGAUAGAUAAUGAGCAGAUUGAACAUGCUAAAGCCGAUCCCGGAAAGUUUGCAUGA